AUGUCAUAUUCAGCUAUACCAGACCAACCACCAAACUACCCUCCUGCAGAAGAGGGACAAAGCAGAGAAAGACAAUUUGGGGAUAAUGUUCCUGAUGAUUUCAAGUAUUCAGUCGAUGUUGCGUCAUGCGAACUUCCUGUUCGUCAAUUAUUCAUUCGAAAAGUUUACCUGUUGUUAACUAUACAAUUGAUGGCUUCUGUUCUUGUUGGAUAUAUUGUUCGAUCAUCAGAUCCAAUAUUGACUUGGACCUUAGAAAAUCCAUGGAUCUUGAUUGUCAAUUUGUUUGCAUCAAUUGGAUUUAUGGUUGCUGCUUUUUUUAAAGCUAGAUCAUAUCCAGUCAACUUGGCGUUGCUUGGGGGAUUUACAGUAUUUGAAAGCUUUACUUUAGGAAUUGCAUGUGCUUUCGUUGAAAGUACGGUUGUUAUUGAGGCUAUAUUGUUGACAUUGAUUAUAUUCAUUGGAUUGACUCUUUUUGCAUUCCAAACGAAAUAUGAUUUUAUUAGCUGGCAAGGCACUUUGGGAAUGAUUUUGUGGGGGUUGAUUGGAUGGGGUUUCAUUAUGAUUUUCUUUCCAGGAAACAAAGGGAUUGAAAAUGUUUACUCAUUUAUUGGAGCCAUUGUAUUCAGUGUCUACAUUAUCAUUGAUACACAAAAGAUUAUGAAGACGUGUCAUCUUGACGAUGAGGUGAUUGCUACAAUUCUGUUGUAUCUUGACAUUAUCAAUUUGUUUUUAUUCAUUUUACGUUUGCUAAACAACAACCGUGAGAAUUAG